UUCAUGCAUCCAUGAUCCAACUCAAGUAACUUAUUAUUUCCUUUCUAUAUAAGGAGACCCUCCAUGCCAAUUAUUUCAACUCAACCUGUCUCAAAUUUUGUUCUCUUGCAAAAGACCUAUCUUAUCAUAAUUUCAAUACAAAUUAAGAGACUUACAUCCCAAGAAAAAGGAAAAUCAAAAUGAUGAGUACAGCAACAGCAAGUAGGGUUUGGGUUGUGGCAGCCACAGUUGGAGUCGUGGAAGUGUUGAAAGACCAAGGGGUGUGCAGAUGGAACUAUCCCAUGAGACUGGUGCACCAGCAAGCCAAGAACCAUCUCAGGUCUUUUUCUCAGGCCAAGAAGCUGUCUUCUUCUUCUUCUGCCAUGGCUUCAAGCAUGAUCAUGAGAGAAGAGAAAAUAAAGCAGUCAGAGGAGUCUAUGAGGAAAGUGAUGUAUCUUAACUCUUGGGGUCCCAACUGACACCAACCAAAUUAAGCUUGGCUUAGCUUAAGGCCAUUGUAAAUUACUUUGAGGCAAAUGCUCUUACAAAUUUAGUAAAAUACAUUGGGCACAUAAGUUUUCCAAA